AUGACUGUUACUACGCUACCGUACAUGAAAACGAACCCCAAGCUCAUAUUCUUCACGGAUUUCGAUGGAACGAUCACCCUCGAAGACAGUAGUCGCAAGAUUGAUAACCUUGGCUACGGGCGCAUAAAGCGCCGUCAAGGAAACGAGGCCGUUCUCGAGGGCACCAUGAGCUUCCGUGACGCUUUUCGCGACAUGUUGGACAGCAUCAAGACCCCCUACAACGAGUGCAUCGAGUACCUCAAGAAGAACAUGAAGCUGGAUCCCUACUUUGUGGAAUUCUACAAAUGGUCCAGAGAGAACAAUGUCCCGAUCGUGGUGUUGUCUUCCGGGAUGGUUCCAGUCAUCAGCGCCCUCUUCGAGACGCUUCUAGGCGGCGAACCAGACGACCACCUUUACAUCGUUGCCAACCAGGUCGAGAGCCGUGAUGGCAAGGAUAUCAACUCUGAGGGAGGCUGGCAGAUCAAGUACCAUGACGACAGCCACUUCGGCCACGACAAGUCGCUGGAAAUCAAGCCGUAUGCCGCACUGCCGGACAGUGUGCGCCCGACCUUGUUGUACGCAGGAGAUGGCGUGUCUGAUUUGUCAGCCGCUGCAGAGACUGAUCUUCUGUUUGCCAAAAAGGGCAAGGAUUUGGUGACAUUCUGCGAGCGCGAGAAGAUUCCGUUCACGCUUUUCGAGAGUUGGGAGUCUAUUCUCGCUACAACUAAGGAUAUCUUGAGUGGCAACGUUUCGGUUAAGGACGUUGCUCAAGAUGGACUGGAGGCGGUCCACAAGGGGGCCAACAAGAACUGA